AAAAAAAAAAAAAAGUUCGUCGGGGUUAAAAAUCCACCGUCUUUUAAGUGUUGUAAUGCUGCACUCCUCUAAUGUGUUUCUUCUUACAUCAAUUUUUAUUUUUAUUUUCUUAUGUUAAAUAUAAUAAAUAAUGCUAACAAUGACAAGUCUACAACUUCUUCAAAAAUAGAAACAGAUAAUAUACGCAUGUGUAAAAUCUGUCUUGAAAGUGAUCCUAUUAAUUCGUUGAUAUCUCCUUGUCAAUGUAAAGGCUCAAUAAAAUAUGUUCAUCCUCAUUGCAUGGCAAGAUGGAGGAAGGCAUUGUUAAGAACAGGUCGGGAAAACGAUAUAUACCAUUGUCAACUUUGUAAACAACGUUUAUGGGUAAAACAGCGUCGACUCUGGGCAGCCAUUUUACACUAUAAAAUAUUUCGUAUUAUGAUAACAGCAUUACUUUUAGGUUUAAUUCUUAUUCCGGCAGGCAGCAUAAUGAAGACUUUUACGCAUUUUUCGGCAUUUUUAUCUAAUUAUCCUGGUGGACUUACACAAGCUUGGGCAUCUAAUUCUUUAUUUAGCUUAUUGUUUUCAAGUAUUCAAUCAUCUAUUUUAGCUUCAUUUUCUUCAAAAAAUAUAAAUUAUGUAACGACACAUAAUGUCGAUACAACAAAUACUUUUCGUGUCUUAUAUUCUCCUUUCCCAGUUUGCUUUUCUUCUAACACUUUCAUCUUGGCUUCUUUUUAUUAGGCAGUGUGAAUAAUAUAUACUUUACUUACAAGAUAUUAAACGAUAUGUUUGAUAUUUUGUCUUAUUUUGGAUUCAUUUUAAUAUCUUUGCUUUUCAUGUCGAUUCUAAAUAUGAAUAUACAUCAAAACAAUUCCUAGCUGAAU